AUCAGUGAAACAGUGUAAGCGUUGUAGUUUAUAAUCGAAGGACAAACUGUCAAAAAUAGAUCAAAAUCCCAGGAAAAGAAGGCACACGCCAGAGGUGUGCACCGAAACCGAAUGCAAGAACAAGUGUGCAAUGGCUUCAAGUACAGAGAACAUCGACACUGACGUAGUACCACAGAUCCAAGAAAACAAAGACACAUUGAAGAUUAGACAAGAAACGACUGCUUCCCUAAAUCUGUCAAAACGCAAAAAAGAAAUCGAAAAUCAGCGAGAGGGACACACAGAACUGAAAGAAAUUGAUAUGGAUGUUGAGUGGUUACAAACUGAUGUUGACUUAAAAAUCAUUUUGAAUAUUGAUCUCAAACCAGAACAGAUAAAUGGUGUGGACCCUACAAUCACUGACAAUGAUGCCCUUCUCAAGUUCCCAGAUGGACGAACAUGGUCCUGUACCUUUUUCCGUCUUAUACAAGGAGAAUCUUGUAGGCUCCAAUUUAAAAACAGACAACUUGUAUUGUCUGCGAAAAAGAAAGAAAAGGGACAUUGGAUGUCUUACAUGAUUCCAAAUGGCAUACCCGAUGAAGAUUUAAGAGACAACAAAACAGCUGAGAAAUUUGAUUUGGAAAUCCCAGACAAAAAAUUUGAUAAUGCAGAAUCACCACAGGAGGAGAAGGGCACCAGAGAAACCAAAGGCAAAUCUUCACCAUCGGAGGACACCACAAACAUUAACAAUUCAGUGUAUCAGCUACAACACACGAAACAUGACUGGAUUGAAAAGGAUAAUGUCAUUGUGGUGCACAUAUAUGUGAAGGAAGCUAAACAAGCAGGCGUUAAGGUCUUGUUUGAUGUUCAGACUCUGUCAGUUUUCUUCCAGACUGCAAAUUCCAAAUAUUUACAACUGCAUGGGGGCACAGAUGAAAAUACCAUUUUCAGUUGGAAGGUCCAGUUGAAAAAUGAAAUUGUUCCUUCAAAGUCAAAGUACCGUUUAACACCCACCAUGAUAGAAGUAACACUGGAUAAAAAGGAAUCUCAGCGAUGGAAUACUUUGGAAGCUCCUCAACGGAAAGAAAAUGCUUCUUCUUCCAAGUCAGACAGCUGGAUUUCCACCGGAAAAAUGUCUAAUGUUAGAGAGACUAAUAACACUGAAAGUCAGUCUAGUGUGGUGUUUGAUGAACUUUCAAAUGUGUCCACUGUUAAAAAAGGUGACUUUGCUGACAACAGGACCAUAGAGUCUUGUAAAGGAGCCACAGGCAUGUUACAACCUCUCAAAGACAUCAACACACAGAAACCUACAUGUAAAGUUUCGCCUAUGAACAAAACAAAAGAAUUGGAACAAGUUGUGUCCCCUGGAAAUACAGGUCUGGACAAUCUAGGGAACACCUGCUUCAUGAACAGUGUUUUACAGUCCUUGUCCAACACCAGGGAGUUUCGAGACUUCUUCUGUAGUGGUAACUUCCAGAAGGACAUCAACACUGAUAAUCCUCUCGGCAGUGGAGGGAAGCUGGCAGUACAAUUUGCCCAUCUUCUAAAAGUAUUGUGGUCAGCAAAACACUACUCCUACGCUCCAUCAAAACUCAAGAGUCUCGUUGCUAUGAAGGCCAGUCAGUUUACAGGAUUUGCCCAACAUGAUGCUCAGGAAUUUAUGGCGUUUCUCCUUGAUGGUCUUCAUGAGGACCUGAAUCGUGUGAAGAAGAAACCGUACACAGAAACAGUCGACUCUGAAGGCAAAUCAGAUGAGACUGUAGCCAGAGAGGCAUGGGAUGUCUAUAAGAAGAGAAAUGACUCAUUCAUUGUGGAUCUGUUCCAAGGCCAAUACAAAUCAAAGCUUGUCUGCCCUGUAUGUGGCAAGGUAUCAAUAACGUUUGAUCCUUUCCUUUACCUGUCUGUGCCAUUACCGAAGAAGAAAAGACAACUACCUGUGAUAUUUAUGUGGAGGGACCCAUACAAAAAACCUGUUCAGUUAAUACUUUGGUUAGCAAAGGAGUGUACAACAGACAUGGUCAAGGAGGCAGCUUCAAAGAAAACAGGAGUAAAACCAAAAGAUAUGAGGAUAAUAGAAGCAUACAAAGGCAAAAUUUAUAAGUAUUAUAACAGUGAUUCUGAUUGGUCCAACGUACAAGCCAGUGAUACCAUCAUAAUAGCGGAAGUAUUAUCAGAGGAAGUUGCUGGAGAACCAGUAUAUGAAGUAUAUGUUGUCCAGAGGACCAUUCUACCGAACAUUGCUCCUUCACGAUGUGCAUCAUGUAAACGGCCAUGCCCUGAUGGAAGCAAGCUGAAGAGGUGUACAAAGUGUUAUAAAGUGGGAUACUGUGAUAGGAAGUGUCAGAAGGACCACUGGAACCUACACCGGACACACUGUAAACCCACCCCAGAGCCUGUAGGCUGUCCAUACAUCCUCAGUAUCCCAGAGUCACGCACAACUUUCUCCAAGCUCUGUACCCUUAUGGAAGCUUAUGCCAGGUACUCAGUGGAUGUGUUUCAGCCUCCCAUUAAACCUGAUGUAUCCUGUAAACUGAGUAGCCAAUCAUCCACCUCCUCCAGUCUCAGUAGCAGUAGCAGCCAAUCAAGUGGCAGUAUGAACAGUUUGGACAGCCAAUCAUCUAUCAGCAGUACAUGUACAAUCACAGCAGGUCAGGACCAAUUAGAUUGUGGGGAAAUAGACUUGACAGCCUCAUCAUCCAGUGUGACCACAGAUAUUGGCAAUGGUGAGGAAAUUUCCAGCAUCAGUUACAAAGCAAAUGGGGAGGGGGACCAGAUCAGCAUUGAACCAAUAGACACAGAUUCACAGCUCCAUCCAGGGACAUCAGAGGAUAGUGUUGAUGAGAGGAAUUUACCAGAGUACCCAUCCUUUAAGUUGCCUCAAUCAGAUUAUGCUGACAUGACCCGUGAGGCAGAAAUGGGAGGAGAAGAUGAAGACAUGGAAGAUGGGCGGGGUCACAGACCGACCCCCACAAAUCCUGUAUUGGGCAUUAAAUCAGAUGAUAUGGAUAGGGUGCUGCCUCUCUUCUUCAUUAAACCUGUCAACCAGGAAGGUCUAGGUUUGAAGGGACCUGAUGGAGAAAGACUGGAUGACAAAGGAGAUGUACCCUUGGAUUUGUCCUAUCGCCAGUUUCUGUCGAUUGAUUGGAAAAAUAAUGACAAGUUCAGUCCAUAUGCACUUGUACAAACCAAAGAACUGGACUGUGAGGAAGACCCCAGUAUGCAAGCAUCAUUGGAUGAGAACAGUAACAUCACCAUCACACAGUGUCUGGACUUGUUCACAGAGCCUGAGGUCCUCAGUCCAGAGGAAGCCUGGUACUGUCCACGGUGUAAGGAGCAUCGAGAGGCCACAAAACAGAUGUCCAUCUGGAGGCUGCCACAUACGCUCAUCAUACAACUUAAACGCUUCUCAUUCCGUAACUUCAUCUGGCGUGACAAAAUCGACAAAAUGGUGGAAUUUCCUGUUAGAGGACUUGACCUGUCUCAGUUUUAUAUUGGUGCUCGGCCGAAGAAUGAGCCUCCACCUGUGUAUGAUCUGUACGCUGUAGUAAACCACUAUGGAGGUAUUCUGGGCGGGCAUUACACAGCCUUUGUGAGGUGUGCAGGCCUUACUGACAACAGUAAAAAUGAUGUGGACUGGCGAUUGUGUGAUGACAGCAGAGUAACUUCAGUAAGCAAUGAGAAAAACAUCAUGACAAGAGGAGCGUAUCUUCUGUUCUACAGGAGACGGGACACGUUCUCAGUCCCAAAGGAGAUAUCUUCUGUACAAAGCACAGAUGAACAAACAGAAUCCUCCUCCUCUAGGGAGACAAACACAACCAGCAACGCUACAGGACAGGAGUCAACACUCAGUAGUAGGUCACACUCAGGGAAUACCACACCAAGUCAUAGUGGUGAUGUCACAGAAGCCACGCCCCUUCAGGACAACCGGUACUGUCAUCCAGAUGGGGGUGAUUCACACCCCGAGGACAGUGACGAGGAGAAUGUAGACAGUGACAGGCCUGUUAUAAGUGAAAAUACAUACCGAGGUUCUGUAGAUCUUGGUUAUAUGGAUAUGGAGGCUGUUGACUAGCUGUGAUGUCAAGGCGGCCUUGGUGAUACCUGAAGGGCAUUUGAAUGAUUUUGUGUGUUUCUAAGUUAAAUUAAGUUAUCUUUAGGACAUUAUAAAGUUGAGAGGUUGUGUACAGGUUAUAUGGUGUGUGAGUUCUAUGUUUGUUUGGAGACAGAUAUGUUUAAAAAUGUUGUGUAUCUUUAUAAUGAUAUGUACAUAAUAAACCAUAAUUAUAGAAUGCAAAUGUGAUACGUACAAUGCUGUUCUACUCUUUCAAGUCUUGUGUUAUUGUGAUACCUUUUAUUA